AUUCUCAGUUCUAUGAGUGAGGAUUAGUUGAGGUGCGCACAAGCUGGUACGGACACCUCAUGGUACUUGCUAUAAAAAAAAAAAAAAAAUGAAAUGACUGCUCUGUUUCACACUGCUACAGAGUGUGAUGCACAGGAGAAUAUUUUGCCACCAUAAAUUUACGCCCGUGUGAGAAAUCUCAUUAACUACUUAACCCUGUUUUUUUUUGGAGAAACUGCAUAAUUAAACCCAAAACUUAAAAAAGAAGAAAAGAGAUGAGCAUGAAUCAGAUAGCAUUUGGAACUGGAAUAGCAGGGGUGAGAGUAUCAAUGGCGAAACCAUGGGCUGUCAGAGCAGAGCUACCCAGGGCUCCUGAUCUAUGUGCUGACCGCUCCAUUCUGCGAAGUGGGUCUUCCUCAUCUCGCCGUCGUGACCUCGUUUUCGUCGUCAAUCCUAGCGGUGCUAAUGGGAGGACAGGUAAAGAGUGGAAGAAGCUGCUGCCAUAUCUAAGGUCUCGCCUUGGUGCCGAUUGCAAUAUAUGCGAAUCUUUAACGUCAGGUCCUUCUCAUGCAAUUGACAUAACGAGAGAGGCUAUAAGGGAGGGUGCUGAUGCUGUAAUAGUGGUGGGAGGAGAUGGAACUCUGCAUGAGGUUGUCAAUGGAUUCUUUUGGGCAGGAAAACCUGUUACUAAUCAUGAUAGAGAGGUCACCCAUUCAACUGCACUCGGUCUCAUUCCUUUGGGGACUGGGUCUGAUUUUGCCCGAACUUUUGGCUGGAAAAAUGAUCCUCAUGAAGCCAUUGACCGCAUAGCUAAAGGGCAGAGAUCACGGAUAGAUGUUGGUGUUAUUAGUGGAGAAGAUGGAGAACCCCAUUACUUUGUUAAUGUUGCUGACAUUCAUUUGAGUGCAAAAGCAGGAUACUAUGCUUCUAGAUACAAGAGAUUUGGCAACUUGUGCUAUGUUAUUGGUGCUUUGAAAGCCUUUGUUGGGCACCGUAAUCAGGACCUUAAAAUCAAGGUCAAUGAAGGGGAGUGGGAACUAUACUCUCAAGUAACAGCCCUUUGCAUCGGAAAUGCAAAAUUCUUUGGCGGUGGCAUGAAAAUUACACCAAAUGCUGACCCUCACAGCGGCAAUUUUGAGGUUGUGAUUCUUCAGGACUUCAAGUGGUAUGACUUUAUUCUGAAGCUACAUAAGCUGUACAAUGGGACACAUCUAACAGUGAAAAAUGUAUCUUCAAGAAGCGUGCACUCUAUUGAAGUGGAAGACGUCUCAGGCAGUGGAAGCAUUUAUGUUCAAUCUGAUGGUGAACAUUUAGGAUUCCUGCCUAGGAAAUUUUGUAUAUUACCUUCUGCAGUCGAGAUGAUAUGUUGACAUGAACCCAGGAACUUGUAGUCCUAUUGAAGAAAUUUAGAAGUUUGCAGAGAAAGCUAAGCAUCAGUUCUAAUGCUAGAGAUGAAAUGAACCGGGAAAUUCCUUUUCGUGGAAUAAGUAAUCAGACAGUUUAUACAUACAAGCGACUAACAUUACUGAAGCUCACAAACUGUAAUGGAAUUGCAGCUCAUCAUAACGGGUCACUAACUUCUAACUAUUCAUACAAUCUCCGAUAGUCAAGCCAAAGCAGCUGACAUGACAUCAGUUCUGGUGUAUGGUGGUGUGUUGUAACUUGUAUGUUAGACUACACUCUGUUUUGCUGCCUACUGGCAUAAUGUUCUGUAUUCCGGCUUUGCUAAUAUUUUGGUAUUCUCCUA